AUGGACACCACCAUCAUAACCACCGCCCUUUUUCGGAUAUCGAGCGACUUCUACGCGCUAGAUCAAGGACCAUGGCUAGUCACCGCGUAUCUGCUUGCUUAUAAUUCUUUCUUGAUGAUUACGGCAAAGCUGAGCGACGUCUGGGGCCUGCGAACAAUCCUGCUCGCCUUCAAUGGCUUUUUCCUCGUCUUCUCAAUGGCGUGCAGUGCCGCCCAAACGAUGAACCAACUAAUCAUUUUCCGGGCUCUACAAGGCAUUGGUGGUUCCGCACUCUACUCGCUCGUGUUCGUAGCUAUCAUAAAGCUGAUCGUACCAGACAAGAUAGCCUUCUACUCGGGCAUCAUCAGCUCUGUUUUUGCUCUAGCGAAUCUGUCCGGACCCCUCAUUGGAGGCGCCAUUUCUGAUCAUACAAAUUGGAGAUGGAUAUUCUGGCUCAAUGGACCAGUGAUUGGUAUCGCAAUGGCCAUAUUGCUCUUCAGCAUGCCCGGUCUGAAAGACGCUAAGUCCACCAAGGAGCGCCUCCGCGGCUUCGACGUAGUUGGAGGCAUACUCUCCGUUUGUUGGCCUGUUCCGCUUCUCUUCGCCCUUCAGGAAGCCGGCGUAUCCUACAGCUGGAACAGCCCAGUCAUCAUCGGUACACUUGUCGCAGCGUUUGUGCUGCUCAUCCUGUUCAUACUUUACGAGGCUUGGGCGUCUUAUAAGACCAAGCUCGACGUGAUUUUUCCAGCGCGAUUCGUCACCAAUCCUGCGCCAGCCUUGCUGCUCUUCAGUAUGUUUCUGCUCGGCAUGCCGUUCACGGUCAUGUUCAUUCAGUUACCGCAACGAUACCAAGGGGUAAAUUUUGCGAGCGCAGAGCGUGCAGGUAUUCUACUCUUGCCCGUAUCACUUCUUACACCUGUCGGCGCCAUGCUUGGCGGUUUGUUGAACAAGAGGAUCCCGGCGGAGUACAUUUUGUUGACUGGUACGGCGAUCGUCAGUGUAGGGACAGGACUGCUGAGUAGCUUGCCUAUUGAUGCUGGUAUCGCAGACUCAACAUAUGGGUACGAGAUCAUCACUGGCCUAGGACUUGGCCUUGCAAGCACUCCUUAUUACGUUAUGCUGUACACUAGUGUUGAAGAGAAAGAUGUGCCGAUAGGGACCGGUAUACUUAAUAUGCUACGAACGCUGGGCGGUGCCGUGGCUGUCGCCAUCUGCUCUGCCUUGCACAACUCAAUGCUGCAAGAUGACCUAUCAGUAUUCCUCAACCCAGAACAAAUCGCUGGUGUCAAAGCCUCAGGUUCCUUCAUCGCUCAGCUGCCGGAGGAAAGCCGCAUAGAGCUCGGCAGAGUGUUUGGAAGGAGCUACAACAAGCAGUUCAAAGUCGUACUGGCGUUUACGCUGCUGAACUUCUUUGUAGCGAUUGCACUGGCUGUCGUCAGGAAGAGAAAAGUCAUUUUCGGGAAGAUGCCGGUGAGGACACUGGAAAACGAAUUCACGAAAACGAAGGACGAACGCGAAGGCCAAGGGGUAGCAUUCAGGCAGGGCCAGGUGACGCAAGAUACCGAGCCUACUUCAGAUCAGCCAAAGUCGUAG